AUCUGUAUGCCGACCACUACAAUGUUACCCCAACCUUCACCUUUCCUCUUCACUGUGCAGGUUCCUAACAAUGCAAUGACCCAUGACCCAAAACAUGAAUUGUAAAUGUAUUUAUACUGCUGCUUUCACGAGACUGGCGUAUACUGUGCAGACAGGGACUCCUAAUUGUGGGCGUAAUAACAUGUAGAGGAACAGGAAUUCACUUUUUGGAGAAAGAAGCAUGAAGCCUUGUCAUCCCUGUUGUUGUCUGAUUUUCGUUACCUUUCUCCCUGGAAUCACAGGGGCAAGACUGACCACAUCACCAACACAAAUAACUAUUGGGGGGAGUAGCCCAACAUUUCAGUUGACUGUUAGUUGUAGUCCAGAUGCACCUGGAAUAACAAAACUGUAUAACAUAGCGGUUGGCAAGAAAUCUUCUACUGGUUCUUAUCAGCCUAUAAUACAAAUCGGCAACACAGAUUCGUCAGUACAAGUAGUGGACACAAGUCUACAACAGCGGAUGACAGCCUCGGGUUCUAUUAGUGGAGCAACAGGCAGCAUACAGUUCAUCCUGACAGAUCUGAGAUGCACUGAUGCUGCUUCUACAUACUACUGUCAAACAGUAUACUUGGCAGGGUCAGCUGGAAGUGGAAGUGAUGACGGAACUGCCAACAUCACAACCAGAACUUACCCCGAGCAAAUAGAGAUGUUCCCCACUCCCGACAGAGUCAGUUAUGACAAUGGUCAGCUGAUCUCAUUCAGAUGCACUGGGAGGAUCGGGAACCAGUUUGAUGACAACAAUCUCCAGAACCUGUGGACAUGGGAGUGGCGAUUUAUAGACAACGAGUUCACCUCCUGGACACGAUAUCCAAACGACCAAAACAUUACCUAUGAGCCUUCUUCUCCCUUGUCUGGGUCAGGGGGAUGUCAGUAUAACGGGGCGUCAACACUGUUUCAUACAAUCUCGAAUCUAGACAAUGGGAGACAGUUCAGGUGUUCUGUCAUUAGUGAAGACUACAGUGACAACAAGACAGUUCUUGUUAUUGGUCAACAACCACCUGGGCCAACAUCACGUCCCGAAACGUCUACAACAGGGGAUGACUCUCUUGGUGUUGGAGUGGCUAUAGGUGUUGGUAUAAUGUUGGUCGUGAUCGUUAUCUGUCUGAGUCUGACCUUCAUCUAUAGGAACACAGUGGCUGGGUGGCUGUCAGGAGCCAAGAAAACCAGAAAUACAGAAACGCUAGUAAUGUCCAACAUGCAGACUCAUGCCACAGCGAUCGCACCUGUCGGAAUGCAAACACAAGGCGAUGAGUACGAAAUUCCUGUGGACAGGAAUCACUACGAUGCCCUUCAAACAGAGACUGCUGACAUUCCCAACACGUAUGAGAAGAUACGAACAUACCAGAAUAUGUGAAAUGAGGAGGCAGCGAAGAACAGCUACCACGUGACAUUCCGAUGCAAUGUCGACGCUGAUUGGACAUUUGCUCAGAGAUGAAAAUUCAUCGCGAGGAUUUUUUAGUUUGUAAAAUAAAUUAAAAAAACGAGUUUUAGUUAAUCAUUCUGUAUUUGCCGAGCCUUUGGCGUGUUUGAUAUUUCCCAUUUUAACAAACACGAGUCAUGAAUUACAUUUAUCAUUCUCACAUUAUUCAAGAAAUAAAUGCA